CCGUGGGGUGGCGCCGCAGCGGCCGCGCUGUCCCGGCUCCGCGGCGGGGAGAUGAGAGCUGGCUCCGGCCCGGGGGCGGCCGCGGGCUGCGGCGAGAUGGCGGCUGCGGCCGCGGAGCGGGAGCGGCAGGAGCGGCUGCGGGAGGCGGCGGCGCUGGGGGACGCGGAGGAGGUGCGGCGGCUGCUGGAGCUGGGGGUCAGCCCCAACUCCCAGAACGAAGUCAACGGCUGGACCUGCCUGCACUGGGCAUGCAAACGGAACCACGCUGCAGUGGUGGCUCACCUGCUGCACGCCGGUGCUGACAGGGAGAUCCUCACCAAGAAGGGAGAGAGGCCAGCCCAUCUGACGUCCAAGAGCGAGAUCAGGAGGAUGCUGGGAGUGGAAGGUGAUGAGCUCCCAGACCUAAAGAAAGAACCAGAUCUGCCAAUCAUUCCCAAUUACCUGGCCCACCCCCCUUUCCCUUACAUUUAUAACAGCAUGAGUGACAGCAUUCCAGACCCUGCUGUCAAUGGGAGCAUCUCCCACUUGGACCCCUACGAUGCCAGCUCCUCCUCCCUGCCUGCUGUGCAGCCUGGCACACGUGCAGCGCUGCAGCCUGGGAGUGCAGCUGCCCAGGCAGCUGCUGUUGGGGACGCACCGUCGCUGCCCAGAGGCUGUGCUGCACCACCACAUGCAAAACCUGUCCUCCAGAGAGGUCCACUUUACCAGGGCUCAGUGUCUUGGAGAAGUCCUCCUUCACCAGCUGGAUCAACCCAGUCCAUACCUCAGCAAGAGAACAGCUCCUGCCUGGGGCCUGUGCCAGCAUUCCAGCCGCUGUUCUUCACAGGAACUUUUCCACUUAAUAUGCAAGAACUGGUGCUAAAGGUCAGAAUACAAAACCCCAAUCUUAGAGAAAAUGACUUCAUUGAAAUUGAACUGGACAGGCAAGAGCUAACCUACAAGGAGCUGCUCCGAGUGAGCUGCUGUGAGCUGGGCAUCAACCCGGAGCAUGUGCAGAAGGUCAGGAAGUUACCCAAUACGCUGCUGAGGAAGGACAAGGACGUGGCAAGGCUGCAGGAUUUCCAGGAGCUGGAGCUUGUUCUGACAGCGUGUGACCGAAGCUUCCUUUUCAGAGCACCAGCACUUCCCGAGCAGGGAGGCUACAAGAAGAAGGCAUCAGAGCUUACAUACUAACUGUUAGAGACUAGCACAGAGCAUUUGUGGCUCUUGUUUUCAAAUGGCAUUUCACACAGUGUCUAUAAGGGCUAAUGCUGUGAUAAAAUCUGCUUUGCUAACCUUGAAAGGAACUGAAGCUGUUCUGCACAGUGACAGCAUCUUCACGGCAGACUAACAAGUCUGCCCUGGAGGUAGCUGAAUGCCAAGGAAGCACUGGCAGAGCUGCCUGAUGAUGCAAUGUGUUCCUACAAAAAAUGAACCUUGCAACAUUGCAGAGUGAGCAGCUCUCAGGGAAAGGCUCACUUCAACUGCUGGAAUGGUUGGUUAGGUACUGAAGCUAAAGACCCUGCCACAAAGCCCAGCCACAUUUGUGCUCAGCCCCUUGCCUUUCACUCCUGGGCCACUCAGUUUCAGGCGUGUCUUAUUUUGAAGGAAAAAAAAGAAGGGUUUAAAUCUGUGGCAGAAGCACAAAACUAUGUCUAGUUUAAAUACUGUUAAGUGACUUAAUACCUGUGGUUUCUUAAUCCCUGUUUACACUUUUCCCUAUUUCUCAGGUUGAAAAUGAAAAGUGAUAGGAGUUGUCCAAACCAUAAACAUGCUCUCUACCAAAACCUCUGCUGCCAUCGUCUGCCCAGAGUGCUGACAUCUGCAGCUGUUGCUGUGUUGACAUUUCUCCUAUGCUGCUUUAAGUUUCUCCUUUCAAAAGCACAAAG